CUUGAUAAACAGGAUAUUGUUUGUUCUCGUUAUCGCCAAGUGCGGAGGUUCGGUACACAUUGUUUGUGAAGUACAUGCAGUUUGUGACAUUUAUGAUAUGCGCACUAGCGCAGACUUCUUCGUCCAUCGGUACAUACCACCGACUGUUAGGAUGGUGAAUUACCGACAACUUGCGAUCGGGGCUGCGGAUAACGCUUUCUUCCGAACAAUUCCUACGUUUGUGACGUUGGUCGACAUUGCAGAUUCUAAGCAGCUAAGUCGGCUUGUCGUUCCGGGACAGAGCAAUAUUUCCGUGCUGAAUGUAGCUCGCACAGGCUUGCGCCGCAUUGAUGUGGAGAAGCACAGUGCGAUGGUUGAGUUAUUUAUAGCUUACAGUAAUAUUGCCCACAUUUCACCGUCUAUCAGUAAUUUGAAAGCAUCCCGUAACAUUGCUGUGACCAACUGUUGGCUGGAAUCGCUCGAUCUGGGUGCGUUCUGCGAUAUGCCAAAGCUGAAUAUGCUCAACUUUUGUGAAAAUCGUAUAAGGUACAUACAAAACAGUGCCAACGGUAAUUGUAGCCUGUACAAUUCACUGGAGACGCUAACCUUGUCCCGCAACUUUUUGCGAAGCUUAAAUAUGGAGCUCUUUAAUCCAUUCCGAAGCCUGAUGUAUCUGACGUUGAAAGAAAACAGGAUUGAAGCUGUGUUUGGUCAAUUCGAAACUGAUACCGAUUUUAAUUUAUUUUUAACAAACAACAAUAUUAAAGUGUUCGAUGUUUGCGAAUGGAACGUACCGCGUAUGCUUUGGUUGGAAUUGCAACACAACAAUUUAAGUACCGUACCGAACUGUUUGGAGCAUUUAAAGAGCGUUCAAAGUAUAGCACUAUCCUACAACCAGCUGGCCAACGUUAGCAUCGAGAGCUUUGCGAAGAUGGAAAGCUUAAGCAAGCUAAUCUUGUCGAGCAAUAGCAUGACGUUGAUCAGUUUCAACACCGACCAAUAUCCAGCCAACUUAAGGACCGUAUGGAUAACGAAUAACAAUCUCACCGAGCUUGAUUUGUCGCUGGUAGCGGUAUCUUCGCUGGAGGUCAAUGCACAGGAUAACUACAUUGAAGUUUUUGACGUCAGCAAGGUUUCGGCAAACGUCACUACACUAUGCAUGAUAGGAAAUCCAAUCAAUUGCUCGUGGAGAACUGUUAAGGAGAGACUUAACCUAACUUGUGUUAAAAAUAAAAGUGUGUAA